CUCUCAAGAACAAUUCCCAAUCUUAUCUUCUUCUAUAAACAGAGUCAUCUUUGCAGUUUACGGCGAUCUCGAAGUUAUCUGAAAAUGGUGCUUAAUUCCUUCGUACAAGUUCAUCCCGAUUCCCAUUUCCCUCUUGAAAACCUUCCUUAUGGCGUUUUCAAGCCUCAACAAGGCGGAGAACCUCGCCCCGGUGUUGCGAUUGGUGACUACGUGUUGGAUCUCUCUGCUAUCUUUUAUGCUGGUCUCUUCGAUGGUCCCAUCCUCAGCAACUCCGAUUGCUUUAUUCAGCCUUCUCUUAACAAGUUUCUCGAAAUGGGACGACCUGCGUGGAAAGAGGCUCGCGCGACCCUCCAAAAACUACUGUCGUCUGACAACCCAACCUUACGUGACGAUGCAAGUCUGAGGGCAAGAUCGCUUUUGCCAAUGGACAAGGUACAGAUGCUUCUGCCUGCUGUGAUAGGGGACUACACGGAUUUCUUUUCUUCGAUGCAUCAUGCAAAGAACUGUGGAACCAUGUUUCGUGGACCAGAGAAUGCAAUUCCACCAAACUGGUUCCACCUCCCUAUUGCAUAUCAUGGGCGGGCAUCAUCAAUUGUUAUCUCUGGUACUGAUAUUAUUCGUCCAAGAGGUCAAGGCCGCCCUGUUGGCAAUUCUCCACCAUAUUUUGGACCUUCGCUGAAGCUGGAUUUUGAGUUAGAGAUGGCUGCUGUAGUUGGUCCAGGCAAUGAAUUAGGAAAGCCUAUUGAUGUUAAUGAGGCCGCAGACCAUAUCUUUGGACUUGUAUUGUUGAAUGACUGGAGUGCUAGGGAUAUCCAGGCGUGGGAGUAUGUGCCACUAGGGCCUUUUCUUGGGAAGAGUUUUGGUACAACAAUGUCCCCUUGGAUUGUGACCCUAGAUGCUCUGGAAGCUUUUGCUUGUGAUGCUCCCAAACAGGAACCUCACCCAUUGCCGUAUCUGGCUGAAAAGAAUUCCAAGAACUAUGAUAUUUCUCUAGAGGUUCGGAUCAAACCUGCUGGACAGGAACAUUCAUCUGUUGUCACGAGUAGUAACUUCAAGCACCUAUAUUGGACGCUGACCCAACAACUUGCUCACCAUACAAUCAAUGGCUGCAACUUAAGGCCUGGGGAUCUUCUUGGGACUGGGACCAUAAGUGGACCUGAACCAGAAUCUUUUGGAUGCUUGCUUGAGUUAACAUGGAAUGGACAAAAUCCAUUGUCUCUAAAUGGUUUACCUCGUACAUUUUUAGAAGAUGGAGAUGAAGUCAUUUUCGCUGGUUGUUGCAAGGGAAAUGGGUACAAUGUAGGAUUCGGAACAUGCUCAGGAAAGAUCCUUCCGGCCCCUCUUUAACAAAGUUUUCUGGUUUUUAUUAGUCUUGUAAUUGUUCCUGAUAUUGGUCUCAUGACAUCAAUAGAGUUGUUAAAUCUGUAAGGGGAAUUGAGUGACCUUAUAAUAAGCAGAAUCGGUCAGCAUGAGACUUGAAACU